AUGGCUCCUUUCGGCACCGUCUACAGCUACCCCCACAACCCUCGGGUCAUCAAGGCCCAAGCUGCUGCCAACCUCAAUGGCCUCGAGAUCGUCAACGGCGACUUCACCAUGGGCCAAACCAACACGACCCCGGAAUUCCGCGCCAAGUUCCCCUUUGGCAAGGUGCCCGCCUUCGAGACCCCCGACGGCCUCAAGCUCGUCGAAUCGAACGCCAUCACCCAGUUCAUCGCCGAGAGCGGUCCCGCCGCCUCGCAGCUCCUCGGCUCCACGCCCGCCGAGCGCGCCGUGAUCCGCCAGUGGGUUGACUUCGCGGACGGCGAGAUCCUGAGCCCCGUCCUGCAGCUGGGUCUCUGGCGUCUCGGCUUCGGCAACUACAAGUACAACGAGGACACCGAGACCGCUGCCCUGGCCCGCAUCGAGCGCUCCAUGGCGUUCCUGGAGCAGCAGCUCUCCGGCCAGACGUGGCUGGCCAAGGGUGAGAAGCUGAGCUUGGCGGAUAUCUCUGUCGCCGCGGCGUUCACCUGGGGAUUCUCUAUCUCCCUUGAUGCGGAGAUCAGGGCCAAGUUCCCCGGUGUGAUCGCCUGGUAUGAGCGCGUUAUCGAGUCGGAGGGUGUGAAGCAGGCAUUUGGGGAGAAGAAGUUCGUGGAGAAGCGUGUGGCUCCUCCGUCUUAG